AAUUGUAUUUAAUUAUAUUUGAAUUUAGUUGCAUAAUACAUAAGUUAAAUUAGUAUUAAAAAAUGUCUGUAUUUACACCUGGGCGACUUGAUCAUUCUGUGAUUGAUGGUAUAGAUUUAGAGACCUACAAUAAUGACAAAGGACACCGUUCAACUUCUAUUUAUCGGGCUUGGCGUCAACAAACAAGUCAGCAAAAAAUUGUUUUAAUCUUUCUUGUCUUCUUGCUAAUAUCUUUUGUAUAUGUCUUUUUAUUCAAGACAUAUGUACCAAUAAAAAGUUUAGAGGCAGAUACAAAACAUAUAAAUCAUGUACCAGAACCACUUAAAAAUCCUUUAAAAGACAAUAAUGCACGACAAAAGUUAAUAGAAUUAAAAAAUAGAGAACUUAACGAAAAAUUUAAACCAUUGAAACGAGGUCCUCCUAAUCUAUUUAAUGAAAAAUUAGUGGAGCAUUCUAUUCAGCAGAGUGAUAUUGUUGGUAGCUUAAAAGAUGAUUCAAAAGAUUUUAUUGAAUUUAAGCUUAUAAAUGGAGAGAAUGAGGAGAUAAUAAAAGAAAGGGAAGACAGGAAAAAAAAGUUAAAUUCCCCUGAAAGUCAAAAUGAUUUUGCUCACUAUCCUGAAAAAAUUUCCAUGACAUUAAGGCAAACAGAAGUUGUUGCUGCUUGCCAACAUGCCUGGGAUGGAUAUCGUAAAUUUGCAUGGGGUCACGACGAGUUAAAGCCAAUGUCUCGAACAUACAGCGAAUGGUUUAUGUUGGGUUUAACAAUUGUUGAUUCUCUAGAUACAUUGUGGUUAAUGAAUAUGAUGAAAGAGUACAAUGAAGCUCGUGAGUGGGUUGCCAAUGAACUAACUUUUGAAAAACCUGUGUCUGUAAAUCUUUUUGAGACAACUAUACGUGUCUUAGGAGGCCUGCUAAGCAUAUUUCAUCUAACUAAAGAUAAAAUGUACCUUGAAAAAGCAGCUGAUUUAGGUGAUCGGUUGAUGGGUGCAUUUACAUCACUUUCUAAAAUUCCAUAUUCAGAUGUAACUCUUGGAACAAAGAGAGGAAGGCCACCAGCAUGGGGUUCAGAUAGUUCUCUUUCUGAAGUAUCAACAAUUCAAUUAGAGUUUAAUGACCUUUCAUACUCUUUGCAAAAUCCCUCUUACAGAUCUGCUGCUUACAAUGUCAUGCUUCAAAUAUUCUCAUUGCAUCGUCCUCAUGGUUUAUGUCCUAUCUUUAUAAAUGCUGACAGUGGAGAGUUUACACCAGCUUCAACUAUAACAUUGGGUGCAAGGGGUGAUAGUUACUAUGAAUAUCUAUUGAAGCAGUGGAUACAAACUGGAAAAACUGAUGAUAAAAUGAAAUCAGAAUACAUAAAAGCAAUGGAAGGAGUAAAAAAGUUGUUAAUUAGAAGAUCGUUUCCUAGUAAUCUUACCUUUGUAGGAGAGUUGUUAUCAGGACGGAGUUUCAGUGCUAAGAUGGAUCAUUUGGUUUGUUUUCUUCCUGGAACAUUAGCACUUGGUUAUUAUCAUGGUUUACCUUAUGAGCAUAUGGAGCUUGCAAAAGAACUUAUUGAAACUUGUUAUCAAAUGUAUGCCCGUAUGGCAACAGGUCUCAGUCCUGAAAUAGCUCACUUUCAAAUGGCAUCAACCUCAAGUGAUAAGUCUGCUGAUAUUAUAGUAAAGCCAUUGGAUGCACAUAAUCUUCUUCGCCCGGAGACUGUUGAAUCUUUACAUAUUAUGUACCAAAUAACGAAGGAAAAUAAAUAUAGAGAAUACGGUUGGAAUAUAUUUCAAGCUUUUAAUAAGUAUUGUAAAGUUCCUACUGGUGGUUACGUUAGCAUUAAUGAUGUUAGAAACGCUCAAAAUCCUCGUCGUGGUGAGGGUAGAGAUAAAAUGGAGAGUUUUUUUUUAGGAGAGACGCUCAAGUACUUAUAUCUACUUUUUAGUGACGAUGAUAUUAUACCUUUAGAUAAGUUUGUUUUUAAUACAGAGGCCCAUCCUCUACCUGUGUUUAAUGGUUAGUAUUUUGUCUGAAUCUGUUCUGGUUUGUAAUCAGAAAAAAAAUGUUGCUAUUUUUUUUUUUACACAAGUUUUAACUCCCUAUUUUUUCUCAAUGAUAUUUUUUAAAUCAGGUUUGAUACUAAAUAGUAUUGUUUAUUUACUGGAAAGAAAAACGUUCCCAUGUGUAUAAAAUGUGAAUUUAUUUAAUUUUUAUUUGCUUUAUUUGUUAUUAUUGAAUUAUUAAAAGAAUUUGUUAAAAUUUAUUUAAUAUCUGCAAGCUAUAUCAAUAAUAGCUGAACACAUUUUUCUAAAUGUUUUGGUUUUUUCUAAAAAAUUUAGCUUCGAAAUUUUUAUUUGUAAUAUUGUCUUUUAAAAAUUGAUUUUAAGUAAAGAUAUCGAUUAGCAAUCAUGUGAAAUUGGUAGUAUAUUAUAAGAUAUUUCUCUAUUUUUAAUAUUUAUCACUUUGAAACAUAAAAUAGUUUUUUUUUUGGUUUAAAUAAUUUAUUUGAAUAUUUACUUAAGCCGCAAUAUAUUUUCCAAAUAAAGAAAUACGAUUGGUUAAUAAAUUUUGAUAUAUCUGUUGGCAUUUUUUAUUUAUUUGUACAUUUUAUGGUUAAACAAUUAGAUAAAAUAGUA